AUGGCCAUCUCGUGGAAGUCGUUCGACUUCUUCGACGUCGCUCCCGUCUCCUUCGCCGAUGACGACGCCCGGCAGCUCUUCGACAGCAACGAGAUAUCUAGCGUCUGCGCGGGCUCCGACAGCCUGUUCGUGGGAUCCAACGAUGGCUCUGUCAGCAUCAUCGGCAAGAGCUGGAAGGUGGUGCGCCGCUUUCAGGCGCACGAGUCGGGAAGGGUCACCCACAUGCGCCAGGUCGAGGGCACCAGUGUCCUGGUGACGGUCGCGGAGGACCUCAGCAGCGAACCUGUGCUGAAGGCGUGGGCUCUGGACAAGCUCGUCAAGAAGACCAACAUGCCCACCUGCCUCAGCACCCUCACCAUCAACAACGGACGCCGACAGUUUCCGAUAUCAGCCUUUGCCGCAUCCCACGACCUUUCGCAGAUCGCCGUCGGCUUCGGGAACGGCGCCGUCACCGUGCUGCGCGGCGACCUCAUCCACGAUCUCGGAACAAAGCAGCGCAUAGUGUUCGAGUCCGAAGAGCCCGUGACGGGUGUGCAGCUCGCGACAGACGAGAAACUCACCACGCUCUUCGUCUCCACCACGUCAAGAAUCAUUAAGCUGGGCCUUUCGCGCAGGGGUCAAGGGCUCCCGCCAAAGACUGUCGAAGAUUCAGGAUGCGCUGUCGGAUGCAUGACCCUCGACCCAAAUACCGGCGACGUCGUUGUGGCCCGGGAGGACGCAAUAUACACAUACUCGCUGGACGGACGCGGCCCACCCAAGGCCUAUGAGUCGCCCAAGAGCAUGAUAUCCAUCUACCAGAACUACAUUGCGCUGGCGUGUCCGUCGUCGGGCGCCAAUGGGAGGGAUCCGGAAGCCAUGAGGCGGCGCUUUGGUGGUGGAGCCACGGAAGCACUCUUCAACGCGUCGUCCUUUGUCAUCCUGGAGCCAGACCUGCGUGUCAUUUCACACACAGAAACCCUGAUAUCGCCUGUCCGCUUCAUUUUCGAAGUUUGGGGCGACCUGUUUACCGUCAGUGUAGAGGGCAAGGUCCACCGCUAUCACGAAAAGGCUUUGCAGCAGAGGUUGGAGAUGCUGUACCAGAGAAACAUGUUCCCGCUUGCGAUCGAGCUGGCCCAGAACUCGGGCUUGGACAAUCAGCAGCAGAGCCUCAUCUACCGGAAGUUCGGCGAUCACCUAUACCAGAAAGCCGAUUACGACGGGGCCAUGGUCCAGUACAUCCGUGCCAUCGACACUACGGAGCCGUCGCAAGUUAUUCGCAAAUUUCUCGAUACGCAACGGAUACACAACCUCAUUCAGUAUCUGGAGCAGCUUCACGAGCAUAGGAAGGCAACGGCCGAUCACACAACACUGCUCCUCAACUGCUAUGCCAAACUCAAGGACAUUGACAAAUUGGAAAAGUUCAUCAAGUCACCAGGCGACCUCAAGUUUGACCUGGACACGGCCAUCGCCAUGUGCCGUCAAGGAGGCUACUACGAGCAGGCAGCAUACCUUGCCAAGCGACAUGGUGAGACGGAGCUGGUGGUUGACAUUCUAAUCGAAGAUUCCAAGAGCUACGAUGAGGCACUCGACUACAUCUGGCGACAGGACCCCGAAGUUGCCUAUCCUUGCCUCCAGAAAUACGCCCGCGUGCUCAUCGAGCACUGUCCCAAGGACGCGACCAGGGUGUUUGUGGACUACUAUACGGGCAAGUAUAGACCGAAACGAACAGUGCCCGUUAUCCCGCAGGACGGCGAGACGCCAAUCUCGACUGGCGGCUUUGCUGCCGGCGCAGCGAGCGCCGUGCAAAACCUAUCCAACCUCCUCCCUCUGCCCUACAUGAACACAUCUUCUAUAGCGAGCCCUGGAACGCCAGGAACAGGGAGAAAUGCGAUUCCCGACGCGAUGGAGUCGCUGAAUGAGGACGACUAUCCGCCGCCAAAGUACAAACCACCCCCGCCGCGGACGGCAUUUUCAUCCUUCAUCGAUCACCCUGAUGAGUUCAUCGUCUUUCUAGAGGCAUGUCUGGAGGAACAAGAUCUCACAACGUCCGACAGGACAGAGCUCUACACCACACUGUUCGAGAUGUACUUGUACAAGUCAACCGCGAAGAAGGGACAGCAGCACAGAGAGGAAUGGGAGGCCAAGGCGAAGAAGCUGAUCGAAGGAGAGCAUGUGCCUAUGGAGAGCUCGAACGUUCUGCUACUAUCGCACUUGUCUGACUUUCGCGACGGCACAGUCUUGGUCAAGGAGCAGGCUGGCCUGUUGUUCGACAUCUUCCGGUCAUACACAUCAGCCAAGGAUACGAGGGGUGCGUUGAAGGCACUGAAGAAGUACGGGCCCGAGGAACCGCAAUUGUACCCGGCGGCUCUGGCGUAUCUCACGUCCGAUUCUCGGGUGCUGGAAGAGGCUGGGUCGGACGAGCUGGAGGCCAUCCUAUCCAAGAUUGACAAGGACGGGCUCAUGGCGCCGCUACAGGUCAUCCAAACCCUCGUGGGGCAAUCAUCUGGAGGAGGCGUGGCAACUAUGGGCAUGGUCAAGCCAUACCUGAAUGAGACAAUCUCGAGGGAGCGGAGGGAGAUUACGCAAAACAAACACCGCAUUGAUACCCUGCGGACUGACACGGAGAAGCGGCGGACCGAGCUGGCGGACCUGGGCACCAAGCCGGCCGUUUUCCAAGCCACGCGGUGCGCGGACUGUGGGCAAGGACUCGACCUCCCGGCGGUGCAUUUCCUGUGCAAGCAUAGCUUUCACCAGAGGUGUCUCCGCGGAGGGGCGAGCGAAGGCGACGACGUUGAAUGCCCCCAGUGCGCGGGCGGAAACGAGGUCAUCCGCAAGAUGCGGGAGCAACAGAAGGAAAGCGCAGAGAAGCACGACCUGUUCAAAGGAAUUUUGGAGGAUAGCGAGGAUAGGUUUGCGACGAUUGCCGACUGGUUCUCUCGAGGAGUCAUGGACGGGCAUAAUGGGGAGGCGUAG